AUGGACCCCAUCUCGUCGUCUAUCGCUCUCACAGCCCUGGCCCCGACGCUGAUACAUGCCGAGACAAUGUCCCAGGACAUGCGCAUCAAGCUUCAGCUUCUCGAAUUCAUCACUACAUGCAACCAGAAUCAAUAUCAUAGCACAGCAGCAAACAAUCAAACACCACCACAUGGACUUGGAGAGCAGAAGGAAGGAUCUGCGCUCUCGACUGAUCGUCAAAUAUGCCCACCACACUCGAAACCCCUGGCCCAGAGACCACACAUUGAUGCGAACAACGACCGUACCCAACCCACACUGGACAUCGGUCCUGCCAUCGCUUAUGCAUUCAUCUCCCUGUGCAUCGUCGCAAAUGACCAUUUGUCCGACACCAACUGGGCCGAUAUUGCAGCCCAGCUUAUGCUAAAAGCUGCGUCCGAGAAACAUGGUUCUCAUGGGAGUACAACGCCCGACAUAUUUUACGAAUUGAUAGCCCAAGCACCAGAGACGGUUAAAAAAAGGCCCGAAUGGCAACGAGUGGCCGAUAAGUACGAAACUUACCUACAGCCACCGCUCGGGGUUCUCCCGUCCAGGGACUUUGUAACCGCACUGAAACGCCUGCCUACGCAUCAACUUGGAACCAUGAUUACCGAGUUCCUGUUUGAUCUCAUGAGGCGCCUGAACCCCCCGGUUCUGUUACAGCUUGAGAGAGGGAAGCUCUAUGGACUGAGCCGAGCGGAAACACAGGGGCUGAAAACCAAGGUUGGAUUGCGAUGA